CCGAGAAGAGGUGUCGAUAACCGAAAAAAAAAAGGGAAAGAACGGUGAAAUUCAAUCAUAGUCGCAGUGCUUGCAGGGAAGGUGCUGUCACCGGGUUUCUUCUUGAUGUAUGAGAACACAAGCGAGGGUCUUCACCUUAGUUUAGUCCAACACAUAUAACUUCUUAAUCGUGAGGUGCGCAUCAGCCUCUGCGUCUCCGAUCCGAAUCCGCAACUCGGCUUGGUGAUGGAACAGAGGUUUUAAGUUUUAAUUGAAUUAGAGCGAAGUGAUUUGAAUUGUUUUGUAAUAACCUAUGGGGACUGAAAAUCCUGGUCGUCCAACCUUUCCUUCAAGGCCUUCUCCACCUCCUUUUCCUGCUGCACAGACAGUGACACCCUUUUCAUCAACCGGUUCCGUGGUUGGAUCAGAGCCUCCUCCUUUUCGGCCCGCUCCUCCGGCUCCUUCGCAAGCCGCCACUCCAUUUUCCUCAGCAGGACCUGCUGCAGCUAGACCAGGGGCACCCAGUUUUAGACCUGCACCACCAGGGAGGUUUAAUGAUCCUUCAGUGCCUCCUCCUCCUCAACCAUCCAAUGCCGCCGGCUGCUGGACCCUUUCAGCAGUUUCCGGCACCUCCCUUCCCCCGUCAAUGCAGCCACGUGGACCUCCGCCGUCUAUGGGACAACCAUCCAUUCAAUCUUCUGCACCUAAUCUAGCACCGCCGUUUCACACGUCUCUUCCAGCUCAGCCACAGAUGCCUUUUGUCCCAAUGGGCUCUCCCCCACCUCAAGGUGCUGCUCCUGCGCAUAUGGGUUCAAAUGUUCCUCCGCGUACAUUUCAGCCGUCUUUUCCUGGGUACCCGAGUAAGCAGACUGGUCCUGAAAUGCAAGGUCCACCCAUGCCUUCCGCUUUCCCUGCUAAUCAAGGAAAUUUUGGGACUGUUCCACCUGCUGGAGCUUCUCCUUUUUUGUCACAUCAAGGAGGUUAUGUUCCAUCACCCCAAGUGGCUCCUCCGCCUGGUAUCCAGUCAAUGCAGCAGCAACCUGGAUCUAUGCCCCAUAUAGGUGGUGUUCAGGGCUUGGCAGAAGACUUCAAUGCCCUCACAAUGCAAACUCGUCCCGGAACAAUGGAUCCAUUAUUUGACCCCAAGGAACUUCCAAGGCCAUUGGAAGGUGAUAUUGAGCCAAAGAAUUUGGUUGACAUGUAUCCCAUGAACUGCAAUCCCCGGUUUCUACGACUCACGACCAGUGCCGUACCAAGCUCCCAGUCCUUGGCUUCUAGGUGGCACCUUCCACUUGGAGCAGUUGUAUCUCCGCUUGCUGAACCUCCUGAUGGGGAAGAGGUGCCUAUAGUUAACUUUGCCCCAGCUAGUGUUGUUCGCUGCAGAAGAUGUCGCACAUACGUGAAUCCUUAUAUGACAUUUACGGAAGCAGGAAGAAAGUUCCGUUGCAACGUUUGUACCUUGCUUAACGAUGUUCCUAGUGAAUAUUAUGCACAACUAGAUGCCACUGGAAAAAGAGUUGAUAUAAAUCAACGGCCUGAGCUUACAAAGGGGACUGUAGAAUUUGUUGCCCCUGCUGAGUAUAUGGUGCGGCCUCCUAUGCCACCAGUGUAUUUCUUCCUCAUUGAUGUUUCCAUAUCUGCAGUUAGAAGUGGCAUGAUUGAGGUUGUGGCCAAUACAAUCAAGUCGUGCUUGGAUGAGCUUCCCGGCUUUCCACGUACGCAAAUCGGGUUUGCAACUUUUGACAGCACAAUACAUUUUUAUAACAUGAAGUCUUCCCUGACUCAACCACAGAUGUUGGUAGUGUCAGAUCUGGAUGAUAUAUUUAUUCCGCUGCCAGAUGAUCUUCUUGUUAAUUUGUCUGAAUCAAGAAGUGUGGUAGAAGCCUUCCUAGAUAGUUUGCCAACCAUGUUCCAUGACAAUGUUAACUUGGAAUCAGCUUUUGGUCCUGCUCUUAAGGCUGCAUUCAUGGUUAUGAGUCAACUUGGAGGGAAAUUGUUAAUAUUUCAAAACUCACUCCCAUCUCUUGGUGUUGGCCGUUUGAAGUUACGUGGAGAUGAUUCUCGUGUUUACGGGACUGACAAAGAACAUGGACUGAGACUGCCAGAAGAUCCAUUUUAUAAACAAAUGGCUGCUGAGUUUUCCAAGUACCAAAUCUCAGCAAAUGUUUAUGUAUUCAGUGAUAAAUACACAGAUGUUGCCUCCUUGGGAACUCUGGCAAAAUAUACUGCUGGUCAAGUGUAUUUCUAUCCAGCUUUCCAAUCAGCUAUUCAUGGGGAUAAAUUGAGACAUGAAUUAAAGAGAGACCUUACCAGAGAAACUGCAUGGGAAGCUGUAAUGCGUAUUAGAUGUGCAAAAGGUGUUCGCUUCACAACUUAUCAUGGAAACUUUAUGCUACGGUCCACUGAUUUGUUAGCACUUCCAGCUGUAGAUUGUGAUAAAGCCUUUGCUAUGCAGUUAUCACUUGAAGAGACAUUAUUGACAACUCAGACAAUGUAUUUCCAAGUUGCAUUGCUAUAUACUGCAUCUUGCGGGGAAAGACGAAUAAGAGUACACACAAUGGCAGUUCCAGUAGUUACGGAGUUGGCAGAUAUCUAUCGUUUGGCUGAUACUGGUGCUAUUGUAUCGCUGUUAAGUAGGCUAGCAAUUGAGAAAACAUUAUCCCAAAAACUGGAAGAUGCACGGACUGCUGUUCAACUAAGAAUUGUGAAAUCCCUUAGGGAAUAUCGGAAUCUUUAUUCUGUGCAACAUCGCUUGGCCAACAGAAUGAUAUAUCCCGAGUCUCUAAAGUUCCUAAUUUUAUAUGGAUUAGCCCUGUGUAGAUCAACAGCUCUACGUGGAGGAUAUGGUGAUGUUCCACUGGAUGAACGAUGUGCGGCAGGACACAUAAUGAUGACUGUAUCAAUAAAAGUACUGUUGAAACUUCUCUAUCCUAGUUUGAUUCGACUUGAUGAAUAUCUUAUGAAGGCAUCUGUGCAGGCUGAUGACUUAAAAAGUGUUGAGAGAAGGUUACCUUUGACAGGGGAGAGCUUGGAUUCUAGGGGCCUUUAUUUAUAUGAUGACGGCUUCCGGUUCAUUAUAUGGUUUGGUAGGGUGAUUUCACCGGACAUAGCCAAAAAUUUACUUGGGCCAGACUUUGCGGCAGAAUUAUCGAAGACUACACUCAGUGAGCAUGACAAUGAAAUGUCAAGGAGAUUGAUGAAGUUACUUGAGAAGUUGAGAAAUACAGAUCGUGCUUAUUACCAGUUAUGCCACCUUGUGAGGCAAGGUGAACAGCCCAAAGAAGGAUUCCUCUUUCUUUCAAACCUUGUUGAGGACCAGAUGGGUGGUAACAGUGGGUACGCUGAAUGGAUGUUACAAAUAUCCCGGCAAGUGCAGCAAUCAUAAUAUUUAGCUUCCCUGGCUAUAUAAACAGUUUUUAAAAGACGGGUUUUAUUAUUUGUCUCGCAAGUGAGGACCAUUUCUUUCUGCAUUGGAAAUAUAUUGAAUCUAUCCGUUCCGGUGACAAGCAUCCUUGACCUGGAUAAAUUGAUCGUGAUUUGUGAGUAAGGUGCUUUUGGGAGAUUGUUGAUUCAUCCUGAGAUGUAUCGAUUAGGUUAAACUCUACCACAGAUUGAAUUUAAACAUGUUUUCAUGUGAUAGAGAGAAAGGGAGAUUUUUUUGUUUUUGUUAUUUUUACCUUGUGAGAUAUAUUGUCAUUUUGUGUCUUAAAUUUCCUUUUGUCGUAAUCUUAUGGUUGAUUCUUUCAUUGUAGAAAAAGAAAGUAGAUACAGAACUGAGAAGAGAUGGCAUGUCAAAUCAGUCUUGCGAAAUCUUAAAUUUUGAUUAUUGACAA